CGUAAACAAAGCAGUCGACGCUUCUGCUCCGUUUUGUUGGGGCUUGUUAAUUUCUCCGCUGUUGACGUUUGUUUAUACGGCUAUUGGUACAGUGAAAUAGUGAUAGUUAUCGUAUUUGAGCUAAAAAAUUACAAGCAAACUAAUUCAGAAAAAUGAUUAAGAUGCCAAAUUGGCUAAAUAAGCCGACAUUUUCUCCAAAAAAAACACCAACAAGAAAGGCAACAAUAUCACUAGCUAGUAAAGACUUAAGCCCAAAAAGGAUUGAAAAAGAGCUUGGUCCUAAUAUUGGAGAAAUUCGAAUUUGCCUUGGAGAUCAACAAGCUGUAUUUGAUGGAGGAUUAUGGGUUCCUGAGUCGGGUAAAGCCGGUGGCACAUACAAGGAAAAUGAGAAACUAAAAAAGGAAGUGAAAAGGCUAGAAGAAGAGAAUCAUCUCUUGAAAAUAAAAUUUGAAGUUGUAUUAGAUAUGUUGACACAAGCAACGGCAGAGGCGAAUCUGAACAGAGAGGAAUUGGAAAAGUUACGGAGUAAACUGUAUACGGGCAAACGAGUGACAACCGGUUUUAAUUAAAAAAUAUAUACCAGAGUCGAUAAUUCUAU